GUCUAUAGCAUUAUCCUGACAACUGCAGUUUUGUUUCGCAUAAAAAAGAUGAAGCCGCACAGAACAUAAUCCCCACCUUAUCAUCCUUAUCGCAAUAUUCUUGGAGAAAUACCAGACAGACCUCAUGGCUCUCAAACAUUUGCUCACUCCAUUUUCUGGCUUUCUGUUGGCAUGUUUGGUUGCCUUCUCUCUCCAAAUCUACUUCUCCCCAAUAUCUCCAGAUGCACUUCACCUCCCUCCACCUUCCCACCUUCCCCAAAACAACAUAUUACAGAAAGUGAUUAAACUUGGGGAUGGUGUGCUUCUGGAACCGGAAGAUGUUGAUGUGGAUAAGGAUGGCACACUCUAUACAGCAACCAGAGAUGGUUGGAUCAAAAGGCUUCACAAAAAUGGGAGUUGGGAAAACUGGAAGAAGGUGAAUACUGAUACAGUUCUUGGAAUCACAUUCACAAAAGAUGGUGAUCUUGUUGCAUGUGAUACUGAUCAGGGUUUGCUGAAGAUUACUGAAGCUGGUGUGACUGUUCUCACUUCACAUGUUAAUGGGUCCAAAAUAAGAUUUGCAGAUGAUGUGAUUGAGGGACCAGAUGGUAGUCUAUAUUUUAGUGUUGCAAGCACCAAAUUUGGUCUCCAUGAUUGGUAUCUUGACAUGCUAGAGGCAAAGCCCCAUGGGCAGCUGCUCAAGUAUGAUCCAUCAUCCGGAGAGACUUCAAUCCUACUUGAUCACUUGGGAUUUGCUAAUGGUGUUGCAGUUUCAAAAGACCAAGAUUAUCUGGUGGUCUGUGAAACUUGGAAAUUUAGGUGUUUAAGGUAUUGGCUGGAGGGAAAGAACAAGGGGAAGACAGAGAUCUUCGUUGAGAAUCUUCCUGGUGGACCUGACAACAUCAAUCUUGCUCCAGAUGGGUCUUUUUGGAUUGCUCUACUUCAGUUGACUAGGGAAGGGUUUGAGUUUGUGCACACCUCCAAAGCAGCCAAGCACCUAGUAGCAGCGUCACGGAAACUGACUGAACUAGUGAGCGGAAUGCGAACAGAAGCGAUGGCGGUGAAUGUGGCAGCUGACGGCAAGAUUAUCAAGAAACUUAUGGAUCCUGAUGGAAGCGUAAUAUCCUUUGUGACGAAUGCUUUGGAGUUUGAGGAUCAUCUUUACUUGGGAAGCCUGAAUACUAACUUCAUUGGCAAGCUACCACUGAAAGAUGCAUAAUAUGAAUCAGAGUGAAUAAGAAGCUUGUAGGAAGAAUGAAGAACUGGUUUUUCUUGACUUUUUCGUCCCCGAAUCGCAUAAGCCAUGCUUGUUUUUAGGUAAUCAGAUUCUGAAUGCUGUUUCAGCAAGAAAUAGCAUUUAUAUCAAGGUAGAACAGAGUAUCGAAUAUGUAAUUCCCGCGAUCCAAUCUAGAAAUAAACAAAAGUAGAUUUACAUCGU